AUGAAGGAGGAGGACUUGGAGCACAUCUCUGGGAGCCCUUUGACUUACAAGGGCAAGAAAUGUGAUGCCUCUUUUCAGGAUGUGAGUGAGCUGCAAGAACACAAGCAGAUUUGUCUUGUGGAAAACUCAUGGCAGUGCCCCGUGUGUGGCAAAGAGUUCUAUCAUGCCGCAAACUUGCGAAUGCACAUGCUCAUUCAUUCCAGUGACAGGCCACAUAAGUGUCUAGAAUGUGACAAGGGUUUCAUCCGCACAGCUGAUGUCUGGAGGCACCUGUGCAACGUGCGCAAGAUAGAGCCUUCUAACACUUCAGGAAAUGGCGUGGCCAGGAACCUGUGGUACCUGGGGACUGUUGGGAGGCUUCGUACAUCUGUCCCAACAUGUUGCAAAGGCUUCCAUAAGCCUAGCUUGCUUUCCAAACAUAAGGUGAUGCACCAGGAAGACAAGCCUUAUGAAUGUCACGAAUGUGGGAAAUCCUUCGUGCAGUUGCUCAGGAUGAAAAGACACCAGCAGACUCACUCUGAGGAGCGUCCCUUCUACUGCGAGGAGUGUGGGGGGACGUUCACCCGGCUGGCAUCGCUCCAGCGUCAUCAGCGGAUCCACAUGGGAGAGAAGCCCUACUCCUGCGCUUACUGUGCUCAGGAUUUCACCGAGCCAGGCUCCUUGAGGAGACACGAGCGCACACACAAAAUGAAGACUCCAUACUGGGACAAUUUACCCAGAGAAUAUGAAGCCAUUCUGGUGGGCCAGCAUCUAACACAGCACACACAUCAGAAGAUGGAUGUGAAGGUAGACUGGGACUCUAAGGAUAACACGUGUGACACAGGUGAGAAAAGCUCCAAUUAUUCCAGACAGACCAAUAAACAUGUGGGCCGCAAGUCUAGCCUCCGGAAGGAGGUAGACAUGAGCUACUCACAGAGAUCCACUCCUCGUUACAACCGUGCUGGACCUUCAGGUAAACAGGGGCUUCCUGUAGAGUUGCAGUGUGAAGAUGAAGAGACCUAUGAGACCUACUACCAAAACCGAAGUGAGAUGGCAGCUGGGAUAAUUGUCACCUCCAGUACCAACUUUGACUUGCAGUGUAAAGAUGAGGAUUUAGAGCGUGGUUCCUCUAAGUGCUCCAAGAAACCACAGAGAAGGCUGUGUGAUGAAGAUGAAAACGCUGUUCUUGCUGAUGUUUUUGGUGAGGAGGAGCAGGAGCCCAUCUCUAGGGAACCUUUGCCAUAUCGGUGCAAGAAGUGUGGUGCCUCCUUCCAGGGUAUGAGUGAACUGCAGGAACACAAGCAAGUCCACCUCGUGGAAAACUCAUACCGAUGCCCUGUUUGUGGCAAAGAGUUCUUCCGUGCUGCAAAUCUGCGAAUGCACAAGCUCAUUCAUUCCAGUGACAGGCCACAUAAGUGUCCAGAAUGUGACAAGGGUUUCAUCCGCACAGCUGAUGUCUGGAGGCACCUGCGCAACGUGCACAAGAUAGAGCGCUCCAUGGUGAUCCUAGGAAAUGGCAUGGCCAGGAACCCGUGGUCAAUAGUGCACCGUAGCCAACACUGUGUUGAGUGCUCUGAUCAGCCUUGUGCAGAGAACCCAAAGUCAGAGAAAGCAGACUAUAAACCUUACACCUGUCCAACAUGUGGCAAGGGUUUUGAUAAGCGUAAUCUGCUUUCCAAACACAAGGUGAUCCACCGGCAGGACAAGGCUUACAAAUGCCAGGAAUGUGGCAUGGCAUUCAUCCAGCUGCUCAGGCUGAAGAGACACCAGCAGACUCACUCUGGGGAGCGUCCCUUCUACUGCGAGGAGUGUGGCGGGACGUUCACGCGGCUGGCGUCGCUCCAGCGUCAUCAGCGGAUCCACACGGGAGAGAAGCCCUACUCCUGCGCUUACUGUGGUCAUUCCUUCACCGAGUCUGGAACCCUGCGGAGGCACGAGCGGACGCACAAGUUGGACACAUCUUAA